AUGGCUUCUGGUAUCACCAAAUUGGCUGUAGGUCAUCCUUUUGAUACCGUCAAGAUUCGCAUGCAAACUACAACAAAAGCAGACGGUCGAUUCAAAGGUCCUUUAGAUUGCUUUCUUAAAACUGUACGACAAGAAGGUCCUCGUGCUUUAUACAAAGGAGCUACACCUCCCUUAGUUCAUAAUAAUGGCGUGUUCGGUCUUUGGCAAGGAUUAUUACCCACCAUGCUAUUCCGAAGUUGGUUCUUUUUAUUCUGGAGUUCCUACGAAGUAUUCACUAGAGAGUUGAAAAAGACAAAGCUAUCCGAUGGAACCGUUACCUUUAUUGCGGGAGGACUCAGUGCUACUGUAUUUUGGAUGGGGGCAUUUCCUGCAGACACGGUGAAAAAUAGGUACAUGACACAACCUGACGUAUCGCCCAAAAAGUUUCCAACACCUACGUCGAUCGCACGUCAUAUUUAUCAUACCGAAGGUUUCAAGGGUUUCUACAGAGGUUUUUUACCUUCCUUUUUACGUGCUUUUCCUACAAAUGCUUCUGCUGUCUUUAUACUCUUAUUUGCAGUUCCCAAAAAGGGACGUCUUUACGAACAAUGUAUCUCACUUUUAGCAGGAGCCGAUAUUCACUUUAACCGUCGUUCACGUCAAGACAUUGCUCUCAGCACCAAUUUACCCAUUGCCCUCAUCUUUUUACCUGCAGCCGAUAUCCCCAAGUACGUCGCCGAAGGUAACGUUGACCUGGGCAUCUCGGGUCAAGACAUGAUUGUCGAAAACGAGGUUCAAGACAAAGUGACAGAAAUCAUGGAACUCGGAUUCGGUAAAUGUCGUUUGUGCGUUCAAGUCCCUGUCAAGGGCCCUUAUCAAACCGUCGAACAAUUGGCCGGUAAACGUAUCGUCACUAGUUUUGAUGCCUUUGCCAGAACUGUCUUUGGUCCUAUCGAUCAAGCUGCCAACAAGAAAACAACCAUUAAUUAUGUCUCGGGUUCCGUAGAAGCCGCUUGCGCUUUAGGCCUCGCCGAUGGCAUCAUCGAUCUUGUGGAGUCUGGAGAGACAAUGCGUGCAGCAGGUCUUCAUGAUAUUCAUACCUUAUUGGAAACCCAGUCUGUUUUGAUGUCCAAUAAACACUCUCAACACCAAGACUUGAUUGAAAAGAUCACAUCCCGUAUGCGCGGUGUGAUCACCGCUAGCAAGUAUGUCUUGUGUACAUACAAUGUGGAACGCACCAAUUUGGCUAGUGCCACUGCCAUCACACCCGGUCGUCAAGCUCCCACCGUCUCUUCAUUGGACUCUCAUGAAGGUUGGGUGGCUGUCUCUGCCAUGAUUGAAAAGAAGCAAAAGGGCGAUAUCAUGGAUCGUUUAUCUGAAGUCGGUGCUACCGAUAUUAUGGUCAUGGCAUUCACCAACUGCAGAGUUUAG